AUGGCCUUAGUAGCGGCCUCAAAAGAGGUGGAUUAUACCAUCAAGCCAGAAUCCACCACCCCCGCUGUCGACACCAGCGACUGGCCAUUGCUCCUCAAGAACUAUAACAAUUUACUUGUUCGCACCGGCCACUUCACACCGAUUCCAAAUGGAUGUACGCCACUCAAGCGGGACCUCAAAUCAUACAUCAGCUCUGGUGUGAUCAACCUCGACAAGCCCUCCAACCCCUCCAGUCACGAAGUUGUCGCAUGGGUGAAGCGCAUGUUAAGAGUCGAGAAAACCGGACACAGUGGUACCCUUGAUCCCAAGGUGACAGGAUGCCUGAUCGUCUGCAUUGACCGCGCAACAAGACUUGUGAAGUCGCAACAAGGAGCCGGAAAGGAGUAUGUGUGUGUUAUCCGAAUGCACGAUAAACUUCCUGGCGGGGAAGCUCAGUUUGCGCGCGCUCUGGAGACUUUGACUGGUGCCCUGUUCCAGCGACCUCCUCUGAUCUCGGCUGUUAAGCGUCAAUUGCGUAUCCGGACAAUCCACGAGAGCAAACUGUAUGAGUUCGAUAAUGACCGACACUUGGGCGUCUUCUGGGUCAGCUGUGAGGCCGGCACGUAUAUCCGUACGCUUUGUGUGCAUCUUGGGCUGUUGCUUGGUGUUGGAGCACAUAUGCAGGAACUGCGCCGAGUGAGGAGUGGAGCAAUGGAGGAGGGUACGGAUAUGGUCACACUACAUGAUGUCCUGGAUGCACAGUGGAUGCAGGAUAACACCCGGGAUGAGUCGUAUCUGAGGAAGGUCAUCUCCCCAUUGGAGACUCUUCUCACCACAUACAAGCGAAUUGUCGUCAAGGACAGCGCAGUCAAUGCUGUGUGUUAUGGUGCCAAGUUGAUGAUUCCAGGAUUGCUCAGAUAUGAGGCCGGUAUCGAAGUCCACGAGGAGGUUGUCCUCAUGACCACAAAGGGUGAAGCAAUUGCCCUCGGCAUCGCUCAAAUGUCCACCGUCGAACUGUCAACCUGCGAUCAUGGCGUCGUUGCCAAGGUCAAGCGUUGUAUCAUGGAGCGUGACCUCUACCCCCGAAGAUGGGGACUCGGUCCCGUCGCUCUGGAGAAGAAGAAGAUGAAGGCUGAUGGAAAACUCGACAAAUACGGCCGACCAAACGAAGCCACGCCAGCCAAGUGGAACACCGAGUAUCAAGAUUUUAACGCUCCUCUUGAGGGAGGCGCUGCUCCAGUUGCUGAGGUCACUUCCAAGGAGGAUGUUCUGUCUGCACCGGCCAUCCCAGCCGUCGAUGCUGACACAUCAAUCAUCACCAACGGAGCAGAAGAGAGUGACAAGAAGAGGAAGAGACAUGAGGGCGAGACAGCAGAGGAGAAGGCCGAGAGAAAAAGACUGAAGAAGGAGAAGAAAGAGAAGAAGAAGGGAAAGAAGGAAGAGAGUGAUAGCGAGUAA